AUCGUCAGUAUUUAAACAUACCACAUCAUGCGUGAGUACAAGCUAGUGGUCCUUGGUUCAGGAGGCGUUGGGAAGUCUGCUCUGACAGUUCAGUUUGUUCAGGGAAUUUUUGUUGAAAAAUAUGACCCAACAAUAGAAGAUUCCUACAGAAAGCAAGUUGAAGUCGAUUGCCAACAGUGUAUGCUCGAAAUCCUGGAUACUGCGGGGACAGAGCAAUUUACAGCGAUGAGGGAUUUGUAUAUGAAGAAUGGCCAAGGUUUUGCACUAGUAUAUUCUAUUACAGCUCAGUCCACGUUUAAUGACUUACAGGACCUGAGGGAACAGAUUUUACGGGUUAAGGACACAGAAGAUGUUCCAAUGAUUUUGGUUGGCAAUAAAUGUGACCUGGAAGAUGAGCGAGUAGUUGGCAAAGAACAGGGCCAGAAUUUAGCAAGACAGUGGUGUAACUGUGCCUUUUUAGAAUCUUCUGCAAAGUCAAAGAUCAAUGUUAAUGAGAUUUUUCUAUAGUUCAGAGAGAUGAGGAAGAACCUAGGCUGGGGCCUUUCAGCAUUUCUAACCAAAUAUUAUAGUUCGAACUUGCCCUCAUCACUGAACCAUCUGCUGCUGUGAGGUAGGCAAUGUUUUCCAAAGAAAUAAUUUAGAAUAAUACUACAAAAAUUAGUUACCUUUCUGUAUAGUACCAGGAACCAGAAACUGACUAGUAUGAAGAAACUGAAAUAGAAACUACAUGUAAUUUUGAUGAACUUACUGUUUUAGUUUACUUUUAUUUUAUUUUAUUUUUAUAUUAUAGCUUAUGCACUGAGUGUAGGGAACCAAUGAAAGCCCAUUUAUGGCUUAAGCACACUGAGUUCUUGAAGUUUUCAGAGUUUUGAAACAACUUGAACUUCGGAGUUAUAAAACUACAAUUUUGUUUGUAAAUUCUGUUUUCAGACUUCUUUAGAAAUGAGAUAACAGGGUUAAAUGAUUUGAAGAGGAUGGGAGUGGGAAGAAUGGAGCAGAAAGAAAAGAAUUUAAAUGAGUCACUUUUGUAGCUUUGGAUAAAUCAUUCAGGUUUUUUUUUCCUUUUUAACAGUUUAAUUUAGUCUUGUAAUCUGGAACAUUUAAAAAAAGUAAAUAGGUAAUUAUCACUUUAAAGAAAUGUAAUUGUUUAUCAUCUAUCUUAAAUGUAGAUUGAUAAUUUAAAAAUAUUUUACUCUUAAAAUUUACUCAAAAGCUAUAAGAACAAUAAAAAGAAUUUCUGUUUACCCUUCAUCAGAUUCACCCAUUACUAAAAUUUUGCCACUUGUUUACAGAAAUCACACUUCUUUACUCCUAAAUAUUUUGAUGUAUAUGUAUCCUCAGAUCAAAGACACUGUUUUACACAACCACAGCACAAUUAUUAGAAUCAUAAAAAUUGAUGACACAGUCUGUUUGUUAUAUAUUCAGAUUUUACUAGUCAUCCUUGUAAUGCUCCUUAAAGUCAUCCAUUUUUAAAUAUGCUUCUGCAAAGAACUAUUUAUUCCAGAUUAGUAACAGUAAGGGACUUCUGUGAUAUUUGUUUUUAAUUCCAAAUCAUUAGUAAGUGUUAUAUUUCAUAGCAAAGCUUAUCUGUUUCUUGUUUUAAUAUUUGGCAUCUGAAUUAAAAUUAUCUGCUUUUAUGAAAUAAGUAGCAUUGUAUUUUUAUCUUUGAUACUUUGCACUUUUCAUCCAAAAAUUGAAUCCACAAGAUUUAUUAACAAACAUUUAGGCGCAGUGGCUCAAACCUAUAAUCCUAGCACUUUGGGAGGCCGAGGCAGGCAGAUC